AAGGAAAGAUUUUCAACACACAACUGUGUCAUUUCCUUUCCUUGUGAGCCAGAUGCUGAAAUACUAUGUGAUAAAAAUUUUAGGUUUCAAUUGUAAAGAGAGGGAAGCAGAUAAAUCACUGCGGUCUUCUUUUCCAGCAAUGACAAAAGAGAUCAUAGAGCAACAGAGGCUCUUCCCUGAUGAACCAGAGGAAGCUGAUAGCUACUCAGAAUCUGUGAAGUUUGAUGCUCGCUCAAUGACAACAUUGCUUCCUCCCAAUCCUAAGAAUGGCUCUUCCCCUCAGGAGAAGCUGAAGUCCUUCAAAACUGCCUUAGUUGCUCUCUACCUUCUUGUGUUUGCAGUUCUGAUACCACUCAUUGGGAUAGUAGCAGCUCAGCUUAUCAAUAGGGGAAUGAAGAAUUGCUUUGUUGGUUCAAUGAACACAAGUGAUACUUCUCAAAGUCUGAUUGGAGAAGAAGACACCAGGAAAGCUGAAAUGAGAUUUCCAGCCUUCAUGGAACACAUGAAGGACUUGGAGGAGAGAAUCCAAAGAAUUUCAGACUUAAAAGACAACCUCAUGGACACAGAACGCUUCCAGAAUUUCAGUAUGGCAACUGACCAAAGACUUAAUGAUGUUCUGCUGCAGUUAAGUUCCUUGAUUUCAUCAGUCCAGGAACAUGGGAACUCACUAGAUGAAAUCUCCAAAUCCUUGCUGAGUCUCAAUACCACACUGCUUGAUGUCCAGCUCCAUACAGAAACACUGAACCGCAAAGUCAAUGAGUCUACCGUGAAGCAACAGGAGGACAUCAAUAAGUUAGAGGAACGUGUGCGCAAAGCAUCAGCAGAAAUCCAGUCUGUGAAACAAGAACAAGAACAUGUGGAACAGGAAGUAAAACAGGAAAUGAAAGUUUUGAAUAACAUCACUAAUGACCUCAGACUGAAGGACUGGGAACACUCACAGACAUUGAAAAAUAUCACCUUAAUUCAAGGACCUCCUGGACCUCCAGGGGAAAAGGGAGACCGAGGGCUCCCUGGAAUAAGUGGUCCACCUGGCAUUCCGGGUUUAAAUGGUGCUCCAGGCCUUAAAGGUGAUCGGGGUCCAGCUGGCUUCCCUGGAAAUAGAGGAUACCCAGGGUCACCUGGAAAAGCGGGGAGGUCAGGAUAUCCUGGACCUAAAGGCCAAAAGGGAGAAAAAGGGAGUGGAGGCAUAUCAAAGAGAAUGGAAAGCAAUUCCACAACCCUCCAAAAGAAGAAACAAUAAUAUUCAUAUGCAUCUAUCGUAAAAGGACCCCUUUAAGAUCAGGUGGGCUGAGCAGAAUGCUCCGCUGUCAUCUCCUUAAAAGGCCUUUCACCUCUGGACAAGCCAUCAGAACAACUGACUUCCGGGAUCUUUCUGCAGCUCCUUCAAAUGACUUUGGCGCCUGUGUCAUGUCAUUGCCUGGUCUCUUCACGACCUCUUCUCCUGACUCUGGGUGCUGCGCAGGCUCCCAAUUCCAUAUGUAUACCAUCAUGCCCUCUGCUGUAAUAACCACCAUCCCUUGACACCCUUCACUUAGAUGCACUCAUAUGCUGUCUACUGGGAUGUUCCUGCCUCCUUCAGCCCUCCCGCUGCUCACUCACCUAAUCUUGUGGAAUCCAAUUUAACCCAUUGGGCUCUGGGAGAAACUUCAUGGAUAUUGAUUAAAUAUGGGUUCUUUAAUAUCAAGAUAUUGUUCCCAAAUAGCAAUAGGGAUAGAAUAAAAGAAAAUCUAUCCAUCCAUUCUUUCACUUGUUCAUUUAGCAUAAGUUCAAUGUGUAUGUUGUGAAGUCAGAAAUAACAAUAAAUAUGUUUUUCUAAAUGUAUAGAUAUAAAUAUACCAGUUAUAAACAAACCACAGAUGACUAACCUAGGAAAAUAAUAGGGUGAAGUAGACAUUGAAAGGAGAGAGAUACUCGUGUCUUUUAUAUUAGAAAUAACCUUAUUUUUAUUGCCUAUUUCACAAUGCUACCUUCUUAUUAUCCAAUUCAAAUCAUAUAUAUAUAUAUAUAUGAGAGAGUAGAGAGAGAUAAAGCAUAAUUUGAUAAUUUCUUCAAUAUGUUUGAAUGAGAACCAAACCUAACUUCAUGAAUUGCCUAUUCAUUUCAAACAAAAAUAUUUGAUCAUGAAAAGAAAAUCAAAGUUUUAUUCUAGAAAGCUCUUUAUAUUUACUUGAAUUUUAUGUUUGAAGUGUAUAUACUAGAAAAUAAAUAUUACAAUAGACAUGAGAUAUUUUAUAGAAAAAAUGAAAACAGGAGAAGGAAAGAAAAGAAAAUACAAAAAUAAUAAAGACAUAAGAUCCCAUGAAGCUUUCAUGUUGAUUCCUCUUUGUGAGCCAACAAAGAAUAUUUCCCAGGGUUUUCUUUUUUUUUCUUCAUGUUUUAACACUAAACCCUAAGUUCCACAGCAUUAAGAUAGAAGCACAAUUCUAAUUGUAUGCCUAUGUGUAUCUCAGUUUUUCCAUUUUUUGCUCUGCCAAAUGAUGUCCCUUCCUACCUCACAGGGUUGUUGUGGGGACCAAAUUACAUGUGUGAUGUUCUGUAAAAUCAUAAUGACCUUUAAAGUUGAAGGAAUGGUUCGUAGCAAUCCUUCUAAACAUAACAGCUAUUCUUUGCCAUUUUUAUGCAGACAUAUUAAAUCUCUAAUCAUAUUAGGACAUAAAGAAAAAUAGAAAUGCCAGGAGCCAUAUAUAUGUUUUGGGCAAAAAGAGAGAUGUUAGAGAAUAAGACAAUAUUUUUAUGUUAGAUGGACGAGCAGGGCAAGUGUGCCCAGAUCAUAAAUCAGUGAAUUUGUCUUAGCACAGCAGAAGAGUACUAGUUGCAAGUAAGAGAAGCAGCUAAACCAGAGGUCGUAUCUGUUGACAGAGGUCAGAACAAAAUGUCAGACUAAUAAAGCAAGAGUCUGGGCUUCAUAGAAUGAAACCUGAGCCCAGAACAUUCGUUGAAAAAGUUCUGAAAAUGGUAGCAAAAAAUUGGUAUUGUCACUGGUAGUAGGUUAUGUCAGUAGGUCUGUGUCUGCAUGCCACCAAGAUAUGAUCAAAUCUGGUCAUGAAGGAAAAGAAAAGAGAAUUAGCCAGUGAUUGACGUAGUCUACAGUACUAACUGACUAGUAAUUCUGUGCAAACAUCUAGGAAAAAAAUGGAUUUGGGUACGUGACUUAAUUGGCUGAGCUAUAGAGUGUGUGUGUGUGUGUGUGUGUGUGUGUGUGUGUGUGUGUGUGACUAUUUUCUUGUGCCAGACAGCACUGUUGUGGCCAAUUUUGGCUUCAUACAGAAUAACCCUGGUCCCAGGUGUGCAGGCAGGCAAAUUGUAGGAAUUCAGUUUUCAAGGCAUCUCUAUCUUCCAAAACUAAGCAUGGAUGCUGAAGUGUGUAAUAUUAACCUGAACUUCCCAAAUUAACAAAGACAUCUCUAUCUUUCUCUUUGGAUAAAAACAGAUUCCAAAUGCCCUGUUCAAAGGCAUCAAUUUAUCCCAACUUUUAUCAUGUAUGAUGAAAAGUGACAAAUGACUUGUUUCGAUGCUUUGUUGACUAGAAAGAGUGUUUUUUUGUCAAGCAAGGGAACCAUAUAAGCAAACACUGGGAGGCACCAUCUUAAAGGGUUCUGAUGCUUAUCUGGGCUGUGUCAGCAUGCUCUGCACAUCAUCAAAAGGAAAGAUACAAUGUUAAUCUUUGGAAUCUUAUUCUGAAAUGCCUACAAUGUUGUGAAAAAAUGCAUUUGCUAUGUUUUGUACUGAGAACUCAACUCAAUCGUCAAUAAACUUCUGGUCUGUCUCAAAACA